AUGCAGUACGUGCGAUCGAUAUCCGGCUCGGUAUCCAAGACAUGGAGCUCCAUCAACCCGGCAACUCUCAGCGGCGCAAUCGACGUGAUCGUCGUCGAGCACGAAGACGGCUCGCUGGCAUGCUCCCCCUUCCACGUCCGCUUCGGCAAGUUCUCCCUGCUACGGCCAUACGAGAAGAAGGUCGAGUUCCGCGUCAACGAUGAGAAGAAGGACCAUGCCAUGAAGCUCGGGGAAGGCGGGGAGGCUUUCUUCGUCUUCGAGACGUCCGAGAGCAUUCCCGAAGACAUGCAGACGUCUCCGCUCGUUUCGCCAGCUGCGAGCCCAGAAGCAAGGCCUGUGGAGGCCACCACACCCAACUCCGAACUACCUGAGCCAGAGGCGCUGGAUUUGGCGAGCACGAGCCCAAUGGAAAGACGGCAGCAACCACCCCGACCUGGCUCCCCGACCGACGCGGAACGCCCCAAGUCAGGCGACUGGUCAGGCCAGAUCCCAGACGUGCCUACCCGACCUGCGACGCUUACGCACGCCAACACGGCCGAAGCACUACUACCGUCAGCCAAAGGAGCUUUCCUGCGAGCACUUCGCGAACAGACCGCACCACCGCAGCUCGAUGGAGGCUCCGCCCAAGCACUCAGAACCCGGCGAGAUCGCUCGAGCAGUCCACCACCACUCUCAACGAGCGAGGCUGUCACACGGGCCAUCAGCCUCUCGAAAAAGCUAUGGACGUCGAAUAUACCCACUCAAGUAACAGACAAGGGCGACCUCAUGCUCGACAUGACAGGCUACAAGAGCAGCGAAGAAGAAUCACUGCGCGCCGAGGCUAUCGCAAGGCAGAUACUGUCGGAAGAGCUGGAAGGCAACUACGACAUCGGAGCAUUAAUUGGCGUGGAUGAGAAAGGCAACGUCUGGAUAUACAGCAGCGAGGAAGCGAAAGAGGCCGCCGCACGCAAGGCCUCUCUCCACGGUAUGAAUGGCGAGGCUAUGAAGAGCAUGGAUGCUGUGUCGGAUCCAGGAUACGCCAGCGACGACAACCGAAGCGAGGCCAGCGAUACUACGGCCAUGCACAUACAGCGCGACUCGAAAGGCGCAGUGGGCUUGCCUACGCCUCCAAAAUCUCCAGACGCUUCAGCCGCGGCCGGCGAUCCGAAUCGCAACUAUGCGAAAACGCUCAGACUCACGAGCGAUCAGCUGAAGGCGUUGAAUCUGAAGCCUGGCCAGAAUUCCAUGAGCUUUAGCGUUAAUCGCGCGACAUGCCACGCUUGCAUGUACCUGUGGCGGCACGACGUGCCUAUUGUGAUAUCGGACAUUGAUGGAACUAUCACGAAAUCCGACGCCCUAGGGCACGUCCUCAACAUGAUCGGCCGCGACUGGACCCACCUCGGCGUCGCAAAACUCUACACCGACAUCGUCGCCAACGGCUACAACAUCUUCUACCUAACCUCCCGCUCCGUCGGGCAGGCUGACACCACGCGCGCGUACCUCAACGGCGUCGUGCAGGACGGCUACAGGCUCCCAAAGGGCCCCGUAAUCAUGAGCCCGGACCGCACGAUCGCCGCGCUGCGUCGGGAGAUCUAUCUGAGGAAGCCCGAGGUGUUCAAGAUGAGCUGUCUGAGGGAUAUCAUGAAUUUGUUUUCGGGGUCCAAGACGGCGAGCACGCCGUUCUACGCCGGGUUUGGGAAUAGGCUUACGGACGCGCUGUCCUACCGCUCUGUGAACAUCCCGAAGACGAGGAUCUUUACCAUCAACUCGAACGCAGAGGUCACUCUAGCCCUCGAAUCCCUAAACCAUUACAAAACAGGCUACACCAGCAUGCGCGAGAUCGUCGACCACGUCUUCCCGCCCACGAGCCUACUCCUCGCGGCCGGCGGCGAGGACUUCACCGACUUCAACUACUGGCGCGAGAAGCCGCUUGAGAUCGACGAAUUCAGCGACAGCGAUGAGGACGAAGAGGAUGAGGAGGCGCGGCGACGGGAUGCUGCUCGCAGGAGUCUGCGGUCGGAGGAUGAGGGGGAUGAGGGCGGAGAGGAGAUGGGGGACAGCUAUUUCUCGCAGCGCGAGUCGAUUGACGAGGAGGGUGCCGCACUUGGAGACUCAAUCCUCGAGAGCGUAGAGGGGGAUGAUGCGCCUCACGGCCAGGAAGACGAGGACGAUGCGGAUGAGGAAGAGGUCGACGACUACGAUGACGAUGAUGUUACGCCUGGUCCGGAAACGGAUAUGGACCUGCCGUCGCCGAUUGAUGAGAGGCGUAUGGUCUUUCCGGACUUGUCGCAGCGGGUUGAUGCGCUGGACCUCUCGAGUGCGACGACGCCGCCGAAGAGGAGUGUGGAUGUCAGGGAGGACUUGAAGGAUCUGGCGCAUGCGCUCAAUACGCCGAAGAGCGCGGAGAAGUUGAAGGGACGCAGUUGA